AUGUUAGUCAAUUCAGGAAAUUUAAUUAUCAAUAUAAAAAAUGAUAUUUAUAGAGAUAUCAAAGAAUAAGUCUUAUAGGGUAAGGUAGUUGUGGUAAAGUAUACAAAGUGAAAAAUUAGGCAAAUGAAUUAAGAGCAUUAAAAAUAAUAGCAAAAAAAGACUUUACAGAUCAGAAUGAAAUUGAGAAUAUGAAGAAACUUGAUCAUCCAAAUAUUAUGGCUGUUUAUGAAAUAGCUUUAGAUGAUGAUUUCUAUUAUAUAGUAAGUCAGCUAUGUGAAGGUGUAGAAUUAUUUGAUGAAAUCCACAAAAGAAUAAAAUAAAGCUAUAUAUUUUCUGAAGAAGAAGUCAGAUAGAUAUUCAAAUAGAUCUUAAAUGCUAUUGUAUAUGCUCAUGAAAAGAAUAUUAUACAUCGUGAUAUUAAACCUGAAAAUAUCCUAAUUGAUCCUUCAGAUUAACAUAUAAAAAUUAUAGAUGGGGACUUAGUAAAGAUAUGACAAAUGUUGUUUUUGUUAAAUAGAAAAUUGGAACAAUUGAUUAUGCAGCUCCAGAAGUUCUUUUAGAAAAAGGAUAUGAUAAGAAAUGUGAUUUAGAGUCUUGUGGUGUUAUUUUAUAUAUUCUUUUAUCUAGAGAAGUUCCAUUUCCAGGAGAUAAUACAGGAGAAAUAGAAAAGAAUAUCGUAUCAUCAAAAAUUACAUUGAAACAGAAAGUUUCGAAGACAAUUUCAAAUGAUGCCAAGAAUCUACUAAAAAACUUAUUAGAAUCUAAUCCCAUUAAAAGAUAUAGUGCUUAAUAAGUUUUAGAAAAUGAAUGGAUAUAAAAUUAAAGUAAAUCAGUAACGAAAGAAAUCUCAUCUUAAGAGAUAUAGACUUUAAAAGUUGUCACGAUUUUGUUGCGAAAGUAAAAUGGUUUAAGCUACUUUUCAUCUUAUGAUAUAAUAAAAUUUAACUUAAGAAAAAUAUAAAUAAUUAAGAUAAGCCUUUUAGGAACUUGAUAAGAAUGGAGAUGGAAAAUUAAGUAUAAAAGAAUUAAAAAUAAAUUUUAAUGAUGAUAUUGAUGUUGAGGAUUUAUUUACUAGAGUUGAUACUGAUAAAAAUGGAUAUAUUGAAUUAACUGAAUUUUUGACAGCUGCAGUUGAUAUGAAAAAAUUAGCAUCUCAUGAUUAACUUAAAGUUAAUUAAAAUGCUAGAAAUUGAUGAAAUUAAAAAAAUUUUUAAUGGGAAAAUUUAAGUUUAAGAUGAAAAUUAUUGGGAUCAACUUUUAUAAGAAAUGGACAAAUAUGAUUAUGGCAAAAUAUCAUUAGAAGGGUAUUAAGAAGCCAUAUAUAAAUUUAUUGAUUAUAAUUAACCAUCAUCAAAUUUAGGCAGUCAAAAUCCAAAUCCUGAACAAGAACCAAAUAUCACUAAAAAGAUCAAAUUAACAUAAUCAACUUAUAAGCUAAGGAAUAGAUAAAUUAAUUGA